AACACUUGAAGGUAGCCUAUAAGAAGCUACACAAUGUCUUAUUGUUGAUUCUUCCAUUAAUCAGUAACGAUGGCUGGUCUCCGGGCUUUCUCCACCUUCCUGGUCCUGGCACUCCUGUAUAGUGCCGUCUUCAGCGCCCCAAACGCAACUAAUCCCGAGCAGGACAUCCCCCAACGUUGUAUCGAUAACAGUACGACGCCCUUGUCCUGUAAGAAUGUCGACAACGAGGACGGCCUCGUCCCACAUCCUGACGACUGUGAACUGUUCUACUACUGCCCGUCGCCAAAGAGUAAGCCCGUGUGCAGGCAGUGCCCGGCCCAACUGCACUUCAACCCUAUCAAGAGAGUCUGUGACAACCCUGAAGAUGCCGGCUGCCAACCCGCUGUUUAUGAGGAACCAAAAGAACCUUCCAAGUAGACCGUAGCCAGAUAAACGGCUUCUGAACUGUAAGGAUAUUAAAACGCCAUUUUUGAAUAA